GUUUAGUGCUAGCAUUUUUUUAUCAGUCUUGGUAGGUUUAGUGUUAAAUCUUUUGAUACUUUCGAUGCUAACUGAAAUACUGAAUUCUUGACUUUAAGCUGCUUUGAGCAGUGACAGGGUUUCAUGAUUUUUAUGUGCGCCACUGAUUCCACCUGCCUGAUUCUGGUCAUCGUAUAAAGAAAGUCUCGUUCGUGUAUGCUCGUGUAUCACUGUGUCCUUUGUGCAUUGGCGAACAGAUUGAAUAGAUUAGGAGGCAACGUGGCACACCAGUCUUAUCAGUCGUACGUGAACAUUGGUGAAAAUUAGUGAAUGUCUAGUACGAUCUUCCGAGAGCUUGCGCCGGUACUAGUUAACGUUUUUUAAGUCAAUAACUACUUAAAUAGAUAUCAUGGCAACUACUCGUGUUGGUCAAAUUCUGGUCCCCAGGACUUUACAAAUAAGUCGAAGAUUGCCACAUUUUGGGUGUAAUGUUAAAUAUUAUUGCUGUCAAGUACCCAAUUACGAAAUGGUCAAAGUUGAAAUCACAGGAGAGAAGAAAAAUGUGGGUUUGGUUACCUUAAACCGACCAAAAGCACUUAAUGCUCUUUGCGACAAAUUGAUGACUGAAUUAAAUGAUGCAGUGACCAGGCUUGAUGUGAAUGAAAGCAUUGGUGCUAUUGUACUUACUGGUGGUGAAAAAGCAUUUGCAGCUGGUGCCGACAUCAAGGAAAUGCAGAAUAAAACUUACUCGGACAACGUAAAAAGUAAUUUCUUAAGUCAUUGGGACAGUGUUUCUAGAAGAAUGAAACCUGUGAUUGCUGCUGUGAAUGGCUAUGCUUUAGGUGGAGGUUGCGAAUUGGCAAUGAUGUGCGACAUCAUCUAUGCCGGGGAUAAAGCAAGAUUUGGACAACCAGAAGUCUGCAUCGGAACAAUCCCUGGUGCUGGUGGCACUCAAAGAUUGACUAGAGUCGUUGGCAAGAGCAAGGCAAUGGAAAUGGUACUUACAGGGAACCAGAUCACUGCUGAGGAGGCAGAAAAAAGUGGAUUGGUCAGCAAAGUCGUCCCAGCAGACAAGCUCGUUGCAGAGGCCGUUAAAUUGGGUGAAAAAAUUGCCUCUCACUCGCAAUUGAUCGUUGCCAUGGCGAAAGAAUCCGUUCAUGCGGCUUAUGAGACCACUUUGAAGGAAGGGCUUCAUUUUGAAAAAAGGAUGUUUCAUGGUACAUUCGCAACGAGUGACAGGAAGGAGGGAAUGACGGCGUUCGUUGAGAAGCGACCACCCAAAUUCACAAAUCAAUGAAAGAUCUAUCGUUGAGUUCAUUAUAUAUAUAAAUAAUGAAAUGAGGGAACCUAUUUUUCUACAGAAUUUUGUACUUUAAGCGGAUACUCGCUCCAUUUGUUACAUCGAUACAAUGUUUUAAUAAAGGCUUCUUUAUUUUUGAAUGUUA